AUGCCGUCUACACGAGCUAAUACCUACUCGUCGUCCUCUGCUAGCGAUGUUUCAACCUCUGACUCGGCGUCUCAGCUGAGUGAAGUUGAAAUGGAACGUGGUAGAGUUCGCCGAACCGACUCUGUUCGUGAUUCUCGACGCGCUCGUAGCAGCGAACGCGUGUUGGACCAGCGCCGAGUGGAGCAUCAACCAUCUCAGCCCCGGGAGCGACCCCAGCCUCGACAGCAACCCUUGCCGGAAGACGUGGAGCACCUUCCUGGCUCGGCUGCUUACAACGCCGAGCGAAACGCGCUGUAUCGGGCCCUCGAACUGGACUCUCUCCGCCCUGCAGAACGGGCAAUUGCCGUUGAAUCUCUCAUGCGGCAAGAUGCGCAAAUUCUGGAGCGUUUCCAGACUUUCGAAGACGAUGUGAUCAAUGGUCAUUUCACGAUCGCCAUCAAAACUCGCGGUGGCAUGGAGUUCAACUUCGGCCAGAAUCAACGACGCCGAUAA